CCUCAGUCCACCACCAACCACAUCACGUGGGGAGUCUUCUGUACAUACGCAUACUCGUACUCAUCUUCACAAAUUACGUUCUGUGAGGGGGAACACUCGAGAAGCGAACCCCGUGGAGGCACUGUUUGUGACUUGGAAACUCACCUCUUCGACAUGGGGUAAACGUGUUUCGAGGGUGUGGAACGCUUUCGGGCGAUCGCAACCUUCCCUUCGGACCUUCGGUGCAGAGGGAAGGAAGAUGGCAGGGGAAGAAGAAGAGAAGAAGAAGACGGAGGACACUGAAUUCGAGCCAGUGCUUUCGGAGAGACAGAAAUCGGGAGUGACGCGAACUCCUUCACCGAAAUGGUGUAAAAGGACCUGUUGUUGGGCCCUCUUUCAGUGCAGUAUGGUGUUGACCCUUCUGGCCGUGAUCGUGUUCCUCGUUCUAACGGUUCAUGAGCUCGAGACCCGUGUGAAGAGGCUGGAAGUGCGAAUCAGGGAUGUGGAUUCUUUCCCUCCGGAUUCCCGAUCCGUUCUCCACCGUGAAAAACGACAGACCGGUUUUGAAUGCCAUUGUCCUCCGGACGUCAGGGAGUACGUGAACAGUUCCGGGCAGUAUGCUUCAAACAUUGAGGCAGCUGCCUAA